AUGCCAAACUCCAGCGGCCGCAUCGCCGGCGACAUGAAAUGGCAUAUUUAUCGCUACCCUUCAAAACCCGGUACCCUCAUGUCACUUGGCACUAUCUUGACGCAGCCCGACAAUCUGGAGGAGCCAUUACACGUUCCUAGUGGGACAGGCCCUUUCUUACCUCAUCAACUCCUGGACCAAACAGACGCGGUGCAGAGGGUGAUAAGAUCUGAGCUCACCAACAAGUUCGGAACGCAACUGCAGGCUGUACUCCCCAUCAAUCCUUUCAUCAGCGCAGGAGGUGGUGCUGAAACACAAUGGUCAAAGAGCCGUGCAGUGACAGCCGAAGCAUUGGGCAUCUCAGCUCGGGUUCUCAGGCCGGAUGCUGCCAGAGAAUACCUAGAGGCACAGUUAUCAUUACCCAAAAUUGUUCGAUACGUGAGGGAGGGAUUCUUUGCAAAGUCUCUGUAUGUCAUUGUGGGGGUGGCUACAGCAAAGAAGUUCUACCUGAGCGAAACACUUUCAUCUGAGAGAGCCGCUUCCGUCGAAGGAAAGGUGCAGUUUCCGAUGGCUGGUGUCGACGUCGGCGUUGGGCCCUCAGUCAGCAUGGUUGAAGAGCGAGGGUCUGACGCGGAUAUCCAAGGAGAGUGUGAUUUUGCGUAUCGAGUGAGGGAGUUUGUCUACUCAAAAAGAAAGAAACAAAUCAAGGACAAGUCUACAGAUUUCGUAAAAGGCACCCUGUUCGGGCUGGACGAGGGUGUUGAACUUGAUGCGGGUUUUGAGUUGCGCGGGAGAGUCAGCCCCCAAGCAUUUCUCCCGGCUGAGGGAGAUGCAAAGACGAUGGAAGAAUUCCCUGUUCUUGAUUAUAUUGAAGAUUAUGAUGAGGAGUUUGGCGACAAUGACUCGAGUUUCACUACGUGA